CGAAGUAAAUAAAAAUUUAAUUGCAAGUCGCUUCCCAUCAUCUCGACUUUUGGUUAAAGAAUUCGUGAAGCACGUGAAGCACCAUCUCGAUUCUCAAAAACAAUUGCUGUAACAUGCAUUAAUCAAUUUUUGAUGAAGUUGGCCGAUGAACAUGCUGCAUACAUUUUAAUGGAUAUUUUAAUAAUAUUCAGGUCAACUUUAAUGGUUGCUCAUUUAAAUCAAUUUCUAAACUUAUUCUAUCUAUUCUUCUUCUUCUUCUUCUUCUUCUUCUUCUUCUUCUCUAAAGCAACUCCUCAACUCUUUCAUUUCACUUUGCGCUAUUCUCUUCCUUGGUCUGCAUCUCACUUCCUUUUUCAAACCUUUUCUUUACUAGAAAAAAAAAUGGCUUUGGUGGGUGAAGCUUUUCUCUCUGCUUCCAUCGAGGUGCUGCUUGAUAGGAUUGUUUCUGGAGAUGUUCUGAGGCUUAUCAAAGGAAAGAAACUUGAACCUGUGCUGCUGAAGAAACUGAAGCCAACCUUGAUGUCGGUGAAAGCAGUGUUGGAUGAUGCUGAAAAUAAGCAGAUUAACAACCCAAGUGUCAAAAGUUGGACUGAUGAGCUCAAAGAUGCUGUUUAUGAUGCCGAGGACCUCCUGGACGAGAUCUCUACUGAAGCUCUUCGGAACAAGAUCGAAUCCGAAUAUCAAACCACUGCUAUGAAGCAGGUUAGUAGCUUUUUCUCUUCUUUCAAUCCUUUCAAAGAUGGGAUGCAGUCCAAGCUGGAGGAGAUCCUUGGGAGACUAGACUACCUACUCAACCAAAAACAGAUUCUGGGUCUGAAAGAAAACUAUAAAGGAGAAAAGGCAUUUCAAAGAACGCCUGCAACUUCUUUGGUGGACGAGUCUGAUGUUUGUGGCAGAGAUUAUGAAAAAGAAGAAAUAAUGAAGUUGUUGGAUCCUCAAAAUCUGUCUGAAAAUCAGAUAGAUGUGAUUCCCAUUGUGGGUAUGGGCGGGCUUGGCAAAACCACCUUUGCCCAAUUGAUCUACAACGACCCCAGGGUAGAUAAAUGGUUUGACCGCAAAGCAUGGGUGUGUGUUUCAGAGGAAUUUGAUGCUUUCAAGGUAACCAAAACCAUUCUUGAAGAGAUCAAAUGUAGCAGUGAUGGAAGUGAGAGCUUAAAUCAGCUUCAACGUAAACUCAAAAAGCAGUUGUCGGGAAAGAAAUAUCUAAUCAUUUUGGAUGAUGUUUGGAACAAGAAUUAUUUUCAUUGGAAAGAGCUUGCAAGUCCCUUCACUUCUGGGGCCAAGAAUAGCAAGAUUAUUGUAACAACACGUGAUGAAAAUGUUGCAGCAAUCAUGAGGAACGUUCCAACUUAUCAUUUAGAUGUGUUAUCAGAUGAUGAUUGUUGGAAGUUAUUUGCAAAGCAUGCAUUUGAUGGUUCAAGCCCCGCCAAGCAUCCAGAUCUGAUGGCAAUCGGGGAAGCAAUUGUUAAAAGAUGUGGCGGUCUCCCUUUGGCUGCAAAAGCUCUUGGAGGUCUUCUGCGUUGCAAACCAGAUGCUGAUGAGUGGAACAAAAUUUUACAUAGCAAUUUUUGGGACAUUCCAAAUGAUGCAACUAAUAUUCUUCCAGCGUUAACAUUGAGUUACCAUUAUCUUCCUUCCCAUUUAAAGCGAUGUUUUGCUUAUUGUUCAAUUUUCCCUAAAGAUUACGAAUUUGAAAAGGAAGAACCUAUUCAAUUAUGGAUGGCUGAAGGUCUUUUAGAGCAUUCCAAAGACAAUGGAGAUCUGGAAGAACGGGGUAACGAGUACUUCAAAGAUUUGAGAUUGAGGUCAUUUUUUCAACAAUCCAAAGGAAAGAAAUCUUGUUUUGUCAUGCAUGAUCUAAUUAGUGACUUGGCUAAAUUUGUCACCGGAGAAUCCUUCUGCAGAUUGGAAGGGAGUGGUGGUUCUUGUGUAAUAACUGAAAAGACUCGUCAUAUGUCCAAUGUCCAAGAACUAUAUGAUGUGCGACAAAAAUAUCAGAGUUUAGCGAAAGCAAAGGGUUUGCGUACUUUCUUAAAUACAAAGUCAUGCUGGUGGCCAUUAUAUGUCAGCGAUGUGCUAAUGCAUGAUUUGAUGGUGAAAUCAAGCUUACGAGUGCUUUCAUUGGCUGGGUAUAGAAAUAUCAACAAAUUGCCCGAAGAUAUUGGUAAUUUGAAGCAUCUACGAAAUUUGAAUCUCUCAAGAACUUCAAUAAAAAGGUUGCCAAACUCUUUGUGUACAUUGUCUAAUUUGCAAGCAUUAAAAUUACGUGGAUGUUAUUACCUUUAUGAGUUGCCGAGAGACAUGGAGAGAUUGAUAAACAUGCUAUAUCUUGAUAUCAAGGGAACAAAGUUAACAAGGAUGCCAGAAGGAAUGGGUAGGUUGAAAGAUCUUCAAAUAGUAACAGAUUUUGUUUUAGGCUGUCAAACUGGAUCAAGAAUUAAUGAGUUGGGAAAGCUCAAGCAUCUACGUGGAAGACUUUCCAUUUCAGGACUAAAAAAUGUUGCAAGUGCCAUAGAUGCCAAAGAUGCCAAUUUGAAGGAUAAGGUGAAUCUUAAAGAGUUGGAGUUGAUAUGGGGUGAAGAUAAUGAUAUUGAUGGUGAUUCAAGGCAUGAUAGAGAAGUACUUGAACAAUUAAAGCCUCAUACAAAAUUGGAGCAUCUUGUUAUUAGGAGUUAUAAAGACAUAAUAUUUUCGGAAUGGGUGGGGCAUUCUUCCUUCUCAAAUAUAGUAUCUUUGGGGUUACAUGAUUGUAAAUUUUGCAUAUCCUUACCGCCGCUUGGCCAAUUAUCAUCUUUGAAAUCUCUUUCCAUUUCCGGGUUGAGUGGAGUGAUCAUAGUUGGUGAUGAGUUCUACGGGUAUGGGCAAGCUUCGACUAAAUCAUUUGUAUCCCUUGAAAUGCUACGCUUUGAGAAUAUGAAAGAGUGGGAGGAAUGGUGUUGUUGGAGUGAUGAAGCUUUCCCUCUUCUACAAGAGCUGUGCAUUAGAGAUUGUCCAAAACUAACUAAGACUCUUCCCAAACGCCUCACUUGUUUAAAGAAACUGAAGAUUGUAGAUUGUGAGAAGCUGGGAGGCUUGCUUCCAACGGCACCAAGCAUUUUGGAACUUGUGUUACUGAAAUGCAAAGCAUUGCAGUUAGAGCCAUUGGCUUGUGGGCUUCGGGAGUUGGACAUUCGAGAUUCGAAUAUGGAUGAUUCCGUAUUGGAACAAAUGUUGCAACGAUGCACGCUUAUUGAAAACUUAAGUUUGUGGCGUUGUUCAGAAAUUAGAUCCCUUCCUGAAGUUAGGGUGCCCAUCACGCUGAAGCGAUUUAGAAUCGAUUCAUGUGAAAACUUGGAUUAUUCCAAUAUCUUCUUGUAUACAUCCCUUGAAUCCUUGCUCAUAGAGAGUCGUAAAUGUCAUGGACUGGAAUCUUUCCCAUUAGGAUCGCUUCCUAUGGUAAAGCAUGUUAAUAUUGAGGGAUGUGAAGACUUGAAGUUUAUUAGUGCUGCUUCAGAGGGCUCUCACCACCAGCAUCUCAAUUAUUUGGAUAUACGGUUUUGCCAAAAUUUGAUAUCUUUUCAAAUUGAAGAUGGAUUAGCUGUCACCAAUUUGACCCAACUUGUGCUUUUCAGUUGCAGAAGUUUAAAAUCAUUGCCAGAGCAAAUGCACUCCGUUUUUCCAUCCCUUGAGGAUUUAGCAAUAACUGAUUGUCCAGAAAUAGAGAGGGUUUCAAACGAGGGUUUGCCCUCCAAAUUAAAAAAAUUUACAAUAUCAAGGAGUGAUAAAUUAAUUGAGAGCUUGAUUAGGAAAAGGGAAUGGAGUUUGCAUAAACUCCCUUCUCUUACAUCUUUCUAUAUCUCACAUUCGGAAGCAGAGAUGGAGUGUUUUCCAGAUGAGCAUCUGCUUCCCUCUUCUCUUACAUCUAUCGAGAUCUCCGAUCUUCGAAAUCUAAAGAGUUUGGAGUAUAAGGGGUUUCAACACCUCACCUCUCUUUGCAAAUUGUCUAUCUUCAGCUGUCCCAACCUCCAAACCAUGCCGCCAAACAUGUUCCCUUCCUCUCUUUCUUGUUUGUUUAUCUUCAAUUGUCCCAAGCUCCAAUCCAUGCCGCCAAACAUGCUCCCUCCCUCUCUUUCUCGUUUGUUCAUUCGAGAAUGUCCUUUGCUGAAGGAACAUUUUGAAAAGGAUAAAGGUAAAUAUUGGCCCAACAUUUCCCACAUCCCUGUCAUCCAACUUGAUGAACAAGUCAUCAUAUAGGAGGGGCAGUGACUGAGAAAACAAACGUUCUGACGCAGGCAACAUGGAAAUUAAGGAUGUGAGCUGUUGCCAUCAAUAAGACGUGGGACUUGGUUGAUUUUUUUGAAUAUCAAUGGCAGAUUUAGUUCAUGCAGAACCUCAUGGUUCAACCCUGAAUCAUAUGCUGAACAAUUUUGAAGGAUGAUCUUAAGGUUGGAAGAGAAUGAAUAACUUUAUCACAUAGGUAAUUUCUCUUUUAAAUGCUUACAUGACCGUAAUACCUAUAUUGGUGUGAAUACAGGAAUGCUUCUGACACAGAUGUUGGACACAGAUACUUUAAAGGAAAAUGAUGAAUUGAAGUAAUGUAGAUUUGAGAUUAUCCACCAUGAAAAUUUCAACCGGUAUUCCACUGGCAUCAGCAAGAGGUUGAAUGUGUCUGUAACAAGUUGGUCGAAAUUUUGGAUUGUGAAAGCAAGAUGGAGGAUGAUCCUACAUUCUUCAUACAUUUGAACAACAAUUUCGUUUUCGUUGGAACAAUCAGAGGUCAAUAACAACCGCCAUGUAAGGCCAUGCAGAAAUUGAAACUGAAAUGCUGAUGUGAUUGAAUACAAAUGUGGGUUAUUGUUGCAUACAAAAGUUUAGUUACAAUUUCAAUCCCUUCCCUAUUUAAUAGUUAAUUUCUUGGAAACUUUUGCCUAAAUUCGUCUCCAUAAAUUACUGUACUUGGUUGGAGCUUUUAAUAACAUAUGAAAUUACAACA